AUGUGGAAACCAUCAACUUUCAUAUUUUUGACAUGUAUAGCAUCUAUUUUCUUUGGGGGAUGUGAGGCUCGGACUUGUACAUAUGAAGAGUAUAACAAAUGUGGCUGGCUCUAUCCAUUUCCUGUAUGGGAUGCAGAUCCAGAAGUAUGCAAUUAUACAUUAUCUCAAAUCAACUGUGUAGAGAAAGUGAAUUAUGCCUGCAAAUCCAAUCCCUAUGGAUAUUCAUAUUCAUCGUUCUGGGGAACAAAGAAGUAUGGAAGUAAGGUUGUUCUUGCAAGAGGAAUUGAAACGUCCAUCACAUAUCAAGAACAAUUCAAAAUGUGGGGAUGUGUUGCACCGACAUGUUCAUAUUCAGAGAUAGACAAAUGUACCCAACUUGAGCGUGACUUACCAGUUCGAACAUCAAGUGAAAAAAGAUGCAAACAACUCUUAUCAGGCCAAAGCUGUCUACAUAAAAUAAAUGAGGACUGCAAAUCAAGUCCAUAUGCAACAAGUACCCUUCGUACAAAAGGAAACGAAACCUUGGAACUAAUUCGGCAGAAAAUCCACAACUGGGGAUGUUUAAACGUGAUCAAUGGUGGAAUUGGCCAGGAAUGUAAAUACAGGGUGAUCCAAAAUAACUGAUACCAUUUCAAACGAUAAUAAUUUUGUCAAAUACUGUAAUACUCUUUAUCUCAUUAUUUCAAAUUUUAACAUAUUAUGAAAUAUUUUAUACAAUACAUGCCUGUACGUUUUUCUGCAUUCUUUGAAAUAAUAAUUCAGUCUCAAAACAAUGCUGUAAGUUAUUUUCUGCACAUGCUCUUUGUGACGUCCAUUUUUUGCCUAAAAGUGCUGCUAGAAUCCAACUGUCCCGGCAGUAAAAUUAUUAUUCAACACAUUCGCACGAACCUUGCACUAUGUUUUGAAUUUUUUACAUAUGAACCGAGAUUUUUCGUAAAAUCAUGCUUAACUCGGAAUUCUAGCAGCACUUUCCAAGUAUUUUAGGAGGCAAACUUUCCAUCUGUACAAAUCUUAUGUUUUGAAAUAUACAGCUUAUUGUUGCUCUGUUGCAUUAUUUUUGUCACAAAUGUGAGAGGA